AUUUUGGUUUAUCACAGGGAUCCCUCGACGAAAACAACACUAGUGGCAACUCGACGUCACAGCGAAGGCCUCUUGACUUACCUCCUUCACGUCCUCCUUUACUCUCGUGUCUUGUUUACCUUUACUCGUUGCUCGUUGACCUCAGGGAGAAACAAUGGCGGAGAACAUCUUCCUCUUCGUACCCAAUCUGAUCGGGUAUGGCCGCAUCAUCCUGGCACUCCUGUCAUUCUACUACAUGCCGCACAACCAUGUCAUGGCUGCGGCAAUGUACCUCUUGUCAGGAUUUUUAGAUGCCUUUGAUGGCCAUGCAGCCAGGUUGCUCAACCAAGGUACCAAGUUCGGUGCAAUGUUGGAUCAGUUGACAGAUCGCUGCGGCACCAUGUGCUUAUUGGUGACACUGAGCCACUUCUACCCAGAUUACAUGUUCUUCUUCCAGCUGUCCAUGGCCAUAGAUAUUGCCUGUCACUGGCUACAUCUGCACACGACCGUCAUGGCUGGACGCACAAGUCACAAAUCUCAGGAGGCCAACACCAACCCCAUUCUCCGCAUCUACUACACCUCCCGCACUGUCCUGUUCUUCAUGUGCGCAGGAAAUGAGCUGUUUUACGCAUCUCUCUACCUCCUCCACUUCACUGAAGGUCCCAUCAUUGUCGGAAUAGGACUCUGGAGGGCUUUGUCAUAUGGUCUCUUGCCUGUGGCCAUUCUGAAGCUGGUUUUGGCCCUUAUGCAAGGCUAUGAGGCAGCUAUCGCCCUGGGCGGCAUUGACGUGCGGGAGAGGCAGGAGGCUGCAAGCAAGAACAAGUAAAUGGGAGCAAAGAGACAUGCAUUCCCUCAUUUACCUUUUUCUUUUCUAAAUUCAUUUUUUCUUUAUUAUUGAUACUGAUAUUAUCAAAUUCCUUAGCCUUUAUGGGAUAGGAUAUUUUAUUAGUAGUAAAUUAAAUGUCAGGUAAUCUUUCAGUUCUGAGAAAGGAACUGAAUCAGGUCAUGAACGUAAUGAUUUAUAGGUAAUGUAUGUAUGCAUGAUAUCACCAAAGAAGUUUUCUUUAUUCUGUUUUGCUUUGUUUUUUUUCUUUGAGGUUUAUUUGUUGGAUAUUUAUCAUUGCCUAAACAUGAACAAGGAAUAGGAGGACUACCUGCAAUGAUGGAAAAGAAGUGAAAAAUGUAAACCUACGAAGUUCCUGAAAUUUACAUGACAAGUUUGAAAGCUUAAUGAUCCCAUGGCAGUAAAUUGUUGCAUGAUUCUUACCUCAAAGUAUGAAUCUAAUAAUUCAUUAUAGAGGUCUCAUAGGUUGGCCAAGCUUGCGAUAUUUGUUAUGCUGAGUGUGUGUUAUGCCAAAAGAAGAUACACAAAGAAGGUACACACUUCUAUUCUGUAGAUAAAACCUCUUAAUUUGUUAGUUGUUAAGGAAGCAUUCAUUCCCUCUGUGUUUGUAAAGAUGUCAGUUGUUGGUUGAACCUAAUUUCAUUUUGGUAGUGAGAUGUAGUUUUAGGGUAUAUUAAAUACAUGUAUAUAUUUUUUUUGCAUUACAGGAUUGAAACAGGGAAAGGAAAAUUUGAUUAUGCAGAUCGUUUAGAUAUGUAUGUGCAAUAUACAGUAUAUGAGAUAUUUUAGAUUUUUAUACUAUGGACAAGAUUUGUUGGUGUACUUGAAUAGAUUCUCAAGGUACUAAUGAAUAAAAUCAUAUUUUUUUAAGAGAUAAACUUGUGACAAUAAUACAUAAUAUUGUGGAAUAUACACUUACUUUGAAAGUUGCGGAGUCAAAAGUAUUGGUGCAUGCAAUUUAAUCUUUGAGCUGUCAGUUGUGAACAUUCCAUAGGGAAAGGUUUAAAAUUUAUCCUUAAAGGAUGGAUGGUGUUCCACAAUAGCUGUCCAGAGAAUGGCUGGGUGACGUUUCAGAAUACCUUCCUAUUCUGCGAGCCUUUUGUACGACGCAAGUGAUUGACGAAGAAGCCUCAGUGCAUUCCCCUCCCAUUGCCAACAGUACUUAGACCUAACUUCUCUAUACCCUUUCCAAACCUGCACUAUCCAUACGAUCCCAAAUUGCCAUUGGACUUUCGAUGUGUGGCACAUUUAAUCACAAUUUCAACCCCCCACCCCCCUCUUUUACCCUUUUUCCCCUGCUAUACCUUCCCAUAGUGCUACAUGACCUAGGGUGUCUGGCAUAUUUAUUUUGCUUUUUAACCAUGAACCAUUGUUGCCCUAAUAAUUUGUAGACUACCAGCCCCUUGGAAGAGUUAACACGAUUAAGUUAGGGAUGACGGAGGAUGAUUAUAAGACAUGAUAUAAGAUUGAUAUGCUUGAAUUUGCUGUUACAAGAGAGAAUAGAAUAAAACACUGCUGUUUUGGCUAUCAGCUGCUGUGAGGGAUCCUGAUGAUGCACUGCAGUUGCUCUUGCAUCAUUCGGCACUGUUCACCGGUCAUGGAAAUUAAGGGUUUUAGGGUGAGAUAUUAUAAGAUUCAAGUAACAUCUUUGCCAGGUAUUUGUAUUAUUCUGGUUUGAAAGUUUAAGAGGAUUCUGGAAGGUUAAAUUUUAUUUUUCUGAGGUGUAGUAAAAGUUCACUCGCUCUCACUCUCAAUCUCACUCUCACUCUCACUCUCACUCUCACUCUCACUUUCACUUUCAAUCACACCUCACAUUCUCACUCAUAAACCAUUUAUAUACAAUUAUCUCAAAUAUAUAACAUUACUGAAUUGAAAUGAAAGAACGCCAUGCCAUUCUAGUCCUUAACCAUUGGUAUGUUCAUUCUACAACAGCUGUGAAUUUAUUUUGCCCGUAGUUCUAUAUUGCAUGAGAUAUUCCAAAACUGCAUAUCUAAUUUUACUUUAUCUGAGAAAAAAAAUAGAUACCUACUACUAGAGAUUGAUUCCCCUCCCCCCCUCCCCCCCUCCCCCCAUUGCAUCUUAACCCUGUGAUAGUGAGAGACUGUUUUGUGUUGGUCAUCGUCCUGUUUUAGUGUUAAUUCGUACUAUCAAUCAAUGGCAUUUGUUAGAAAUAAGUAAACAAGCUUACCAUUAGUCAUUGAUAUGUUGUGUUACUGUUUGCGGGUGAAUUAUCUUUAUCUUUGGAUGCUGGUCUUUAGAUACAAGUAAUGUUAUAGAUGUGUAGGCCUGUGUGGGCCACUGCAUCUUCUCAUAUAUUACGGCAUAAAAUGCCAAAAGGCCCGUCCUCAGAUAAGAUUUUGACUUGUUUUCCUUCGGGCGUUUUAGCCUCUAGUCGCUAAACCUCCUUAUCAAACAUAGUGCCAAAGAUUAGACCUGUUUCAAUUACUAGUAGACCAUGAUUGGUUGAUGUCAUUUAUGUCUGUUUGAAUUUGAUUUAUUUUUGAAAGAAAUUCCUCUAUGUUUGACAUGAAUUUUUGGUUGCACAAUGCAUAUUCAUUUCUGAUUUUUUUUAUGGAUAAUAUUUGGAUGAACUGUGAGAUUUUGACACUGCUGGUAUUUAUUAGAAGAAAAAAAAAGAAUCCAAAUCUUCCAAAUUCCUUAUUCCAAAUACAAGAGUGAUGUUCGGAUAUUUUCUUCAUUAAAACAGUGCUUACUUGGCUUCAUUUUCACGCUGUAGAUAACAUAUCAUGAAUAUUUUAGGUUGUUAACUCAUGACCCAAAAUAAUGAAAGCAAAUGAAGAAAUUAAUUUUUUUUUUUUUUUUUUUUUAAUCUUAUUUUAGAUUUUCCAAUUAUGUGUUCAUGGGAUUCCUUGUAUUGUCUCAACUCAUACUCAUUCCGCAGAAUGCCCGUGUUCUUUAAGUAUGUUGCCUUAGGUGAAGUAUUAUAUGCAUUGAUCAGUGUUUCAGAAGAGAAUCUGUGGAUUACGUGCAUUUCUCAAUUUAACUACUGAUGUUAUGUACUUACAAAAGUAAGAAUCAUACCUGUACCAGGACUGUAAACCCUGCUGAAUAAAUGUAGAUGAAAA